AUACACAGGAGCCUUUUUUGUCCUUUCAAAGCCGCCGUAGAUCGACGUCACAAUCCAAGAUGUCGCUCCCCGUGCGGACUAAGUUGAAACAUGUCCUGAGCUUCAUUCACAAGUUUCAUCCUCCGCAAAGAUCUCAGCUGUGCGCUGCAGCCUGUGCGGACAGCAAGGAGCCUCCAGGAGGUGGACGUGUAUUCUCUGGGAUCCAGCCGACUGGGGUGCCCCACCUGGGUAACUACCUGGGUGCCCUGGAGAACUGGGUGGCCCUGCAGAACCAAUAUCCUUCAAUCCUGUACAGCAUUGUGGACCUGCACUCCAUCACUCAGCCCCAGGACCCGGCCCAACUCCGGGGCAACAUACUGGACAUGACAGCGAGCCUGCUGGCCUGCGGCGUUGACCCAGAGAGAGCAAUACUCUUCCAGCAGUCUCAGGUGUCCGAGCACGCUGAGCUCUCUUGGAUCCUCGGCUGUCUAACCAGCAUGCCGCGCCUGAGACACUUGCCACAGUGGAAGAUGAAGAGCAAACUAAAGAAUGAAGGCAGCGUUGGUCUCUUCACGUAUCCUGUCCUCCAGGCAGCUGAUAUUCUCCUCUACAAGUCCACUCAUGUCCCAGUCGGAGAGGAUCAGAUCCAGCAUUUAGAGCUGGCUCAGGACCUCGCUCGCAUCUUCAACAACCGCUACGGAAACCUGUUCCCCGAACCCAGCGCCCUGCUCAGCUCUACACGAAAAGUCAAAUCCCUCCGCGACCCCUCUGCCAAAAUGUCCAAAUCUGACCCCCAGGCGAUGGCAACGAUUAACAUCACGGACUCUCCUGAUGACAUCGCCCUCAAGGUUCGCCGUGCUGUCACUGACUUCACCUCCGAGGUCACCUUUGACCCGGAGACGAGGCCGGGCGUGUCCAACCUGGUGACCAUCCAUGCUGCCAUGGCGAUGAUCAACGUGGAGGAGGCGCUGUCCCAGGCCAGAGGGUUGGACACAGGCGCAUAUAAAAAACUCGUAACUGAGGCUGUGGUCCAGAGGUUGACGCCCAUCAGGGAGGAGAUUGAGAGGCUGAGGUCGGACCACGCUCACCUCGAGGGAGUGCUGGCCCAGGGAACCCGCAGGGCUCGGGAACUGGCUGCACCGGUCCUCAGAGAGGUCCGACAGAGAGUUGGCUUCUGCUGAGAGGCAGCAGACUGAUUGGUGGACGACCUUGAGAGACUUUCUAGCUUUUUUAAUUCUUGUCUUGGAGUCUUGGCUUUUCCCCAAAUACCAAACAAAUCAUCUUAUUGUCUUCUUGUCGUCAAUGCUAACAGAGCUUAUCCAGACUGCCAAGAAAAACAAAAACACCUGAAAAACAUUUACUUAUUAAAAACAUUUACUUAACAUUUAAACUCUGUUUGAGUGUUCAAACGCUGGUUGCAUUUGGAACACAGGUGUCUAGAUGUGACGUCCACGGUUCUGUCCACACCAUCAGCUCGAUCACACGUUUGUCUGUCUGGACUGGGAUCAGAUCAGAUUAAUGAAAUCUGUGACUAACGAACACGAAAACACAACAGCAGAGGAAAUGCAAACAGAUCUUUGCAUUAAGAUUCAAACACUAUUUUUGAACGUGUUCCCUCGAGUGUGACCGGAUCAAAUCAGAUCUCUGUAAAAAAAAAAAAACAUAACACAGUUCAUCAAAAGUGCUUACAAUGCUGAAAGACACAAAAAAAAUCAAAUGGAACAGAAAGUUUGAAGAUGAACAAAUAAAGUUCACAGUUUGAAGCUGGAGAAUAAAACGGAGCCGGCUUACAGGACA